UAAAAACAAAUCCGAAGCACACUUUCUCUUCACACGUCGCAGUACGUCGUGGACACUCCACAGCUACCAAUAAAGAAAUUAGUACCACAAUAUAAUCAUAUGCGCAACGAUAAAUUCUCUAAAAGCAAAAGCAACUAUUGAAGGAAAUACUUAAUCUACGAAUGACUAAGUCAUAAGUUACUGAAAAUAUCCGUUAACAAUGGCAGUAAAACUUUGACAAGUAAACAACCAGUCCGUUGUCCUUUUCGACUGAGCGAAACUGAAAAUGUUACUGGUUUCAGCUCUGGUCGUACUAACAGGACACUCGCUCGCCCAAGAAUGCCAAAAACGCGACUACGGCAACGACGGCCACGUUUGUGUGUGCAAUUCCACCUACUGUGAUACAGUACCACCUCCAAACCGCGUGGAACCACCAUCGUACCUAAUUUACACUUCUAACAAAGCUGGCUUAAGGUUCGCAAAAUCCGAAGGACGGUUCAUUGAAAGCAACGAAAUCUCCGACAAAACCAUCCAAAUCCACCCCAACGAAAAGUACCAAGAGAUUUUUGGCUGGGGUGGUGCUUUCACUGACUCGACUGGUGUUAAUUUAAAUUCGCUGGAUGAACCAGCACAAGAUAACUUGUUGAGGGCGUACUUUUCGAACGACGGCAUUGAGUACAGUUUGUGUCGGGUACCCAUUGGUGGUACCGAUUUUUCGGAACGUGGGUACUCCUACGAUGACGGAGACGAAGACCCGAAGCUAGAGAAUUUUCAACUAGCUCCGGAAGAUUUCAAGCUUAAGAUACCGUUUAUCAAAAAAGCGCAAAAUUUGACGGGGGGGAAUUUGAGGUUUUUCGCUUCUGUGUGGACUGCUCCCAAGUGGAUGAAAACUAAUAGGGAGUAUAAUGGGAUGUGGGGGUUUUUGCGCUACGAAAUGUACCAAUCAUGGGCUGACUACUUUGUCAAGUUCUUUGACAAGUACAGCGAGCAAGGGAUUCAAUUUUGGGGGUUGGUCACAGGAAAUGAACCCAGUUUGGCGAUGGUUCCCUUCACGAAGAUUAAUUCAGUGGCAUGGACGCCCGCCAUGUUGUCAACUUGGGUUCGCGAUAAUUUAGGACCGACAAUCCGCAACUCAAGCUAUUCAAAAAUCAAGAUUAUGAUGCUAGAUGACCAACGACUUUUCUUACCGUGGUACCCGAAGCUCGUACUAAAUGACGAAACCACGCACAAGUACGUAGAUGGAAUUGCCGUUCACUGGUACUACGACUUCCUAUUGUCACCGCGUUUAUUAACAGAAACUCAUGACAGUUUCCCUGAUAAGUUCCUUCUAGCAACGGAAGCUUGUCAUGGUGACAAACCUUUUCAAAAACACGUUGAUUUGGGCUCGUGGUUCCGUGGAGAAGAGUACGCGAAAGACAUAAUCCAGGAUGUACAAAACUGGGUUACCGGUUGGGUCGACUGGAAUAUGGCGCUAAAUCUUCAAGGAGGUCCCACGUACAUAAAAAACUUUGUAGACUCUCCAAUCAUAGUUAAUUCUUCAGCUGGAGAAUUUUAUAAACAACCAAUGUUCUAUGCUUUAGGUCACUUUUCCAAAUUUGUACAAAGAGGUUCCAUCCGGUUAGGUUCUUCAACCUUUUGUGAUAACGUCAUGGUUGUUGCUUUCCAAAGACCAGAUAAUGCGACUGCUGUUGUUAUUUUAAAUAGAGCAAACAAAGUGGUACCGGUGACAGUAGUAGACAAUGCACGAGGCAGUACCAAGUUAAAUUUGAGUGAAAGUUCCAUAACGACGAUGUUAUAUUGGUGACUAGACAUUAGUUUAAUAUAAUUAAAUGGUACGACCUUAAUUUAAUUAAAACAUGUACGAAAAGAACCUUAUCUAGCAAUAAAACUUCUGUUGACGUA